GCUCAAGAAUCAUAGGGCUAAGAGAUGUGUCGAAAGAAUGACGUACAGUCCAUAAAAUGAAAGUUCAAGUGAAUUUUAAAUUGUUGGUGCUUUUCUUCACUGGGUUUGCAGCAUCUACUACUGCAGAUCCAACCCUCCGUCUGAUAAACUUGGUAUAUCGACAUGGAGAUAGGUCUCCAGUGGUUAUAUAUCCUACAGAUAAAAACAAAGUUGACAAGUGGCCACAGGGAUUGGGAUGGUUAACUAAGGAAGGGAUGCUGAUGCACUACAAUUUUGGUCAAUGGUUAAGAAAAAGAUAUGAAGGUUUCCUGAAUAGUUCCUAUGUACACACAGAAAUAGAAGUUGCCAGUUCAAAUGAAGACAGAUGUCUAAUGAGUGCCUAUUGUAACCUAGCUGGUUUAUACCCUCCAGACCAAGUAUGGAAUCCAAACUUACUUAACUGGCAGCCCAUACCAGUACAUACCAGACCCAAGAAAGAGGACAAUGUGAUUAACAUGGGAGAGAAUUGUCCACGAUAUGAUCAACUGUACCAGGAAACCAUGAAAACAAAAGAGAUAGCUGAAGAGGAAAUGAGAAACAAAGAUUUUUACAAGUUUGUGGGACAGAUGUCAGGAAUGGAUCAUGAAAAUAUUUCUAACAUUUGGCAGAUUGCUGAUACACUGUUUUGUGAGAAAGCCCAUAACUUAACAGUAUCCCCCUGGGCUGAUCAGCAAUGGAAAAAGGAAAACAUGACUGUGUAUGAGAAAUUACGUUUUCUAGACAGCUGGCAAUUCAGACUUCUGUACAGUGGACUUGAAAAAAGUCGACUAAUGGGAGGUCCAAUUCUUGGUGAAUUUGUCCAGCAGAUGGUAACUGCCUCUCAGAAUAAAACUAACACUAAAAUGUUUAUGUAUUCAGGGCAUGAUACAACUGUUGCUGCUUUGCUCUCUGCUUUAAAUCUAUUUGCUAAUGGAACCAGUCCACCAUAUGCAGCAUCUGUUUUAGUAGAACUCCAUCAGAACUCUGCUGGGAAUUACUAUGUUAAUGUUCUAUAUAAAAAUACUACUGAUACAGCAUAUCUUCUAACUGUACCAGGAUGUACUGAAGAUUGUCCUUUAGAAGACUUCCAGAAAAUAACUAAACCCUAUAUACCUGUGGACUGGAAAAAAGAAUGUGGAGUCAAGUCUGAUGAUAACGCAGUCUCAUUGACAACUUACCAGAUCACUACAGCCGUACUAGCAGGUGUAAUCUUGAUUUUACUCAUUAUUCUGGUUGUGGUAUUUAUUCGGAUGAGGAAGAUACAAGUGUCAUACAGAAACUUUAGAUGACCAACUGCAGAAUAUGAAUAUGUACAGCUACAAUAUUAUGAUGAUUAUUCUGACUGAUUACAGUAUUACUAUACUCCAGAUAUCUGACUUAUUACAGUAUUACUGUACCAAUUGUACUGUACACCAGAUAUUUGACUAAGUAAAGUAUUAUUGUACACCAGAUAUUUGACGAAUUACAGGAUUACUGUACACAAGAUAUUUGAAUGAUUAUAGUAUUACUGUACACCAGAUAUUUGACUGAUUACAGUAUUACUGUACACCAGAU